AUGACAGCUGAAAAGACUAUUCCUAUAAUUAAUGGCAAGCCAGAAGACGCUUUGGACCCAGAAGCCUCAAGUACCAACCUCGUCCACAGCAAUGAUAAGAAAGUUCAUGAAAGAGGUCACUGGAACAAUAAGGUUGAAUUUGUGCUUUCUGUGGCAGGGGAGAUUAUUGGGUUGGGAAAUGUAUGGAGAUUCCCAUAUCUUUGCUACAAGAAUGGAGGAGGUGCUUUCCUCAUCCCGUACGUGGUCUUUUUUAUUUGCUGUGGAAUACCUGUAUUUUUCUUGGAGACAGCCUUGGGACAGUUUACUAGUGAAGGAGGCAUCACCUGCUGGAGGAAAGUUUGCCCUCUAUUUGAAGGCAUUGGCUAUGCUACCCAAGUUAUAGAGGCACACCUAAAUGUAUAUUACAUCAUCAUUUUAGCAUGGGCUAUCUUCUAUCUGUUUAACUGCUUUACUACAGAGCUUCCCUGGGCUACCUGUGGGCAUGAAUGGAAUACAG